CUUCUUCUUCAAGAAAUAUGAGAAAGAUUAACAUGAUGAUCCCAACCCUGGAUGCCUGCAAGAAGGGCAAGGUUAAGAUGACGUCAAACAUGUUUGAUUUCGAUUCUUUUGGGGAACCCGGUAAUGCUAUUGAACCAUCGGGAUCCUUCAGAGACAAUGUUCGUAUGUUUCUUGAGCAAUAUGCAGAGCUUGAGACUGACAGUGUUCAGGGCAUGCCCAUCUGGUGCACCCUUCUUGUUAUUCACGACCACCGUAGCCUUGUUCUUCCUCUCUACACCAUUGAAGAGAAAGUUGAUUCUGACUCCGAUACACCCUUCUGCGAUCAGUGUCAUUCCGCAGGCUGGAGUAACCAUGAUGUAUCGAAGAUAAAAUACCACAUGAUAAUCCCACAUGAUGGUGAAUGGAAUAAGCCUUUGGAUGAUGCUGUCUUUCAUAAGACAACACAUUUAUUACAUGGAACGAUCCACUGUAAUGGGUUUGCUCAUUUACUCUGUAUCAAUGGACUGGAAGGUGGCUCUGAACAUCUGUGUGGCAGAGAAUUGAUGGACCUCUGGGACCGAAUAUGUACCAAUCUUCAAACCAGGAAAAUAUCAGUAGAAGAUGUCUCAAAGAAGCGGUCCAUGAAACUUCGCCUGCUCCAUGGGGUUGCUUAUGGAAAUCCAUGGUUUGGUAGAUGGGGUUAUGGAAUUUGUCGCGGAAAUUUUGGUGGCAAAGAGCACAUCUGCAGAAGAUCACUUAAGAUAAUCAGCUCACUAGAUCUUGGAAAGAUAAUCCAAGAUUUUAGGGACAUGGAGCAGUAUGAAGAGGCAGAAAAGCUGAGGCAAAUUGUUCGUGAUUACAGAAGUUCGAGUGAGACAAAAUUGGUGACACUCCAAGAGCUUCUCAAAUUUAUGCUUACGGCCAAGCCAUGUUUUCCUGUACGUAGGAACUCCCGACUACCUACCACAAAACCUGCAGAUGUGGAGAAUGUGAAACCUGUAACUAGAGAACCUCUCAAGAUCAAGCGUUUGAUGGAGGCUGUAAUCUCUGAUCUUGAUGUGUAUGCCGAUGUACUAUAUCUGUACGAGCAUGUGCUCUUGGGCUAUCCAGAAUCUGGCUUGGUACAGUCAGAUUUGCAAGCUGUGUUGGAUACCAAACUCUUGGUUAAGGACUUCUCAUUUAGCAAUGAUGAAGACAAAAAACUGACACUUUGUGGAAGGUUGCCUAGUUUGAAAGACAAGGACAGCGUUUUUCCAAAUGAGUGGCUUGAAGGAUCUGUCAAUAUGGUUCUAUGCCUUCCAGGGAAGUUGGUGUUUGCAGUGGAUUCGCGUGUGACAGUAACACGGACUGACAGACAAGGGAAUAAAACCAUCAUUAUACGUGAUGAGAAGUGUUCUAAAGUGCGGAUCAUUGGAAAAGUCUGUGCAACCAUGACAGGGAAGCAAUAUGCUUGUGAAGCCAUAUGGAAGUGCAUGGAAGACUACAUGACCACCAAUCCCAGCGCAUCUGUUCACGAUGUAGCCACAGCAGCGCUGCAUUUUAUUAAAUCCAACGUACUACCUUGUUGUGGUAUGUUUAUAGGCUCGGUCGAGCAAGGGGAGGCGAUUCUAUAUGAGUUGGAUCAUGAUGUCAAGAAUGACAUCAGGUAUUUCAGGGAAAGACUCAAGAUGGUCAGUGGUGAUGUAUUUGCUAUCGGCUCAGGUUCUGAGUAUGCAUUAAAGGUGCUUAAAGGUUGGGAUCAGAGCCGCGAAAGGGAAGUUAUUUCUUAUUGCUCUUUAGCUUUUUUGGCGGCAGUGCUAAAAGACAUCUAUUGUGGUGGAAUGCUCUUGAUAUAUAUGUGGGAUGAAGAACAGCAAAAGUUCAAGUUUGACAAUGAGAUCUUAGUAAUGGACUUAAUUCGAAUCCACUUUGGCUCGUUUGCAAAGGAUCACGAAAGUGGUCUUUUCGUGAUGUAUGGUGGAUUGACUGAAGAGGAGCAUUUGAGAUCUAUUGUCCAUGUCACUGAUGUGGGCCAUCAGUUAGCAAUUUCAACUUCUGGUUUUGUAGUUCGGCUACUCAUUUUUGAGAACAAGUGCUACAGGGAUGAAUUCUUAAAGAGUGCGCACCCUUGUGAGAAAUGUCCUAAAAUGAUGCUUCAGGAUGAUGGAAACUUUGUCCGAAAAUUUAAACACAUGAAGUUUAUGAGAUAUCUGAAGGUCGGAGGGCAAAUAAUCUUGAUGUCUGAGCCAAGUCGAGGAUUCAUAAAUGCACUCGAAACAGAUAUUCAUCAGGUGUCUCCUUUUUUCGAUAUGGACAAUCUGAAGCAUUGGCUGUAGGCUCUCUACAGAUUUUAGUUUCAAUGUGAGUUGCAUGAUUGCCUUUUUGCCUCUUAUCAUGGAUUGUAAAGCUGCAACCUCCAUCUUCUAGUGUGGACUGGGUGGUCAGAGCUUUCCUUUUAGGCUUAUAUGUGUCAGGUGUGUUUACGCAAACCAAUGGUUUUUUUAAAAAAAUAUUAUUAUAUUAGGUGGACUGCUUGUUUCUCCAUGCUUCGUUUGCAGUUUGCAAUCGUUCAAUUAAUGAAGUAACCAGCUAGAAUUUUCUUCUGGUUCAUUGCAAGAGGAAGGUCUUAGCUGCUAGGUGAUUUUGGUUCCACUUUAUGGGACACGCUCCUUCUAAAUCUCAUUUGCCUAAGUAUUAUGUUGUACUAGCUGUGCUUGUGUUUCAUGCUUACACCUUUUGUACGUCAGCAGCAUAAAAGUUGGAUCAUAUUAUUACCAAGUCUGUACUGCACGCAGAAAAUAGGCCAUUCUUUUAUAUCCCUACACAUACAUUGUUCAUUAUCCCUAUUACAACAACUGGUAUGUCAUUGAGAGACCAAAAUGUGCCACGGACACUCUUAACAGCUUAUAAAAGUAAAUUCACUAUUUGAUGUCUUUAUCUGGUUAAAAGUGAUUCACUCUCUCCAUGCUUGUUGAUCUGCUGAAAAAGAAACAUAUAUAACAAAGAUUUGAGAUUUCAAAUUAUAUAAGAUCAUUUCAAUUUAUCUUUUGUUUUUAUAGACAUUUUACCUGUCUCUCUUGUUUCAUUUGAACUAUCGGUUCUGCUUUUGCUGG